AAUGAUCAUGCAGCGCUGCCUGAAGAGCGGCCAAGUUUUCUCGUCUAGGUCUGCUGGACGCCUACGCCGACCCAUAGCAGUGUGCUCAGCUGCGACGGUCCACACGAAAUCAGUGUCAGGAACCUUGAAUGAACUCAAAUCCAAGGGAAAGGUCGCGUUCAUUCCUUUUAUCUGCGCGGGGGACCCAGAUCUCGACACGACUUCUGCAGCUCUCCGCAAGCUGGAUGAGAUUGGCGCAGAUGUCAUUGAACUUGGAGUGCCGUACUCGGUACGCUGGGAAGGAUCCGCUGGCAGAUGGUCCCGUCAUCCAAGGCGCAGCCACUCGUGCGCUGGAAAAGCACACGACUCUCGAUCGCGUCAUUGAGAUGGUUCGCAGGACGGCGCCGGCCAUGAAGGCGCCCCUGGUCAUGUUCACUUACUUCAACCCAAUCAUGCGGAAGGGCCUCGACAAGUUCUGCAAGACGAUCAAGGAGGCGGGCGCAUCAGGCCUCCUGGUUCCAGACCUUCCUUUGGAGGAGACGGUGGCUGUACGGGCGGCAUGUGAGGCUGCGGGAAUUGAGCUGGUCUUGCUGACAACGCCUACCACACCACAAGCCCGCAUGAGCGCGAUUGCGCAGGCGAGCCAGGGCUUCGUGUACCUGGUCUCACUGACGGGGGUGACGGGCAUGAAGGACCAGGUGGAGUCGCGUGUGGAGGGGCUGGUGCGCACGCUGCAGGACGUCACGGACAAGCCGAUUUGCGUGGGCUUCGGUGUGUCGCGCCCGGACCAGGCGAAGCAGAUUGUGUCAUGGGGUGCCAACGGCGUCAUUUGCGGAAGCGCCCUUGUGAAGGCAUUGGGUGAAGCCAAGUCCCCGGCGGAGGGUCUCCAAGCCAUGGAGGACCUUGCGCGGAGUUUGCGCGCUGCUAUUCCAUGAACUGGCAGCGGCGCGUUUUAGUGUACCAGAGACUUUUGAGAGCGAAGACUUGUGUAUUGGGACGGUUUGUGUUCGGAGUUAGGGGGAAAAUUGGCCAGGAAGUUAGUAUUUUUGUGCGUGUGCUUUGAGGCUGCGGUGCCUUCUACCUGUGUGUCUGUUGUUACGGCUUGAAGGGCCUGGGAUUUACGGCGGUGAUCCAUCUGAUGAGGUUGGCCGGAAAGCACUCCAGUACACGCUGUAUAUGUGCUUGUGCGUGUACAUGAUUACAUGGUGCACCAAUAGUGACUAUUCGGGCAAGCUCUUCAUAGUUAUAGGCUAUUGGCCUGUGCCGUACACCGAACUCAGCCUGUGCUGGUGCGAAGGGACAGCGGCAUGCCCCUCGGGUCGAAGCGUACGGCACGCAUCGUGCAUCUUCCAGUCUCACCGCAAAAGAAAUGGCUGGGAGUACUGCGCAUGCUGGCGGGGUGACCGAGGACGAGGACAUUUCACUCGGCGGGGUAGCCAGGUGGCAGUGAGGCUGGUGGAGGCAUUCGAAGAGGAACAAAAUUAAAAGGAACGGACUCGGCAUGCGGAAGUGAAUGCAAGUGCAGAGCGGGGAUGCUCCAAUUCCCGUGCCCAACAGACUUCUCCUCGUGUAAAUAUGAAUUCGUUC